GACGAGCACAGCAACACAAAGUGUAGCAAUCGUACUCGCAAUUCAGAGAGAGCAGCAACAAAAUCACAGGAAGAACCAGCUGAGCAAUAGCAAAAAAGGAGGACGAACCCAAGGAAUUAAUUUGCAAAUUGUCAGAUUUCCAAAAGGAAAGAACAAAAUGAAGUUCCAAUACAAGGAGGACUAUCCCUUCGAAAAGAGGAAGGCUGAGGGUGAGAAAAUCCGAAGGAAGUAUCCCGAUCGUGUCCCCGUCAUCGUGGAGAAAGCACCAAAGGCGAAGAUUGGGGAUCUGGACAAAAAGAAAUACUUGGUUCCCUCAGAUUUGACUGUUGGCCAAUUUUACUUUCUCAUUCGAAAGAGAAUUCAUCUGCGACCAGAGGAAGCCCUAUUCUUUUUCGUGAACAAUGCCAUUCCCCCGACUUCUGCGACUAUGGGCUCCAUUUAUCAAGAGCAUCACGAGGAUGACUUUUUCCUCUACAUUGCCUAUUCGGAUGAAAGCGUUUACGGAGCAUAAUGGUUCAAUUUAACACGCUGUGAUCAUUUCAACUCUGGAAAAUAUAUAUACCACAAAAUUUCUUUAUCCGUUUUUUAGCGAAAUUCCACUUAAAUCAAUCCAUUGUUAUCCCAAUUAUGAAUUAGAAUUGUCGUCAACAUCGCCGUCGCAGAACCUUUUCUCAGUGUUCCUUUAGUAUCCGAUUGAAGUGUAAACGUAUAAAAAACGAAGAAAUCCUGUUAAAUAAUUAAUCAAUAUGGUAUUUGUAUCAGUAAUUAAAUCCCACAAAAAAACUAAA